CGGGCGGGGCAGCCGCCAGCCGCCAUUUUGUCCAGUGAGGAAAAGCGGAGCGGGAGUUUCGUUGAGGGUCGAGUCGGCUAAGAAUUUAGCGCGGGCUCCCUUCGCGCGCCCUCCCUCUUAGCAUCGCAAUGCAUCGUGACUCUUGUCCACUGGACUGCAAGGUUUAUGUGGGUAACCUUGGAAACAAUGGCAACAAAACUGAGCUAGAGCGAGCUUUUGGCUACUAUGGACCACUGCGCAGUGUAUGGGUGGCAAGAAAUCCUCCUGGCUUUGCCUUUGUAGAAUUUGAAGAUCCACGAGAUGCAGCUGAUGCAGUAAGAGAACUAGAUGGAAGAACCCUCUGUGGGUGUCGUGUCAGAGUUGAGCUCUCCAAUGGUGAAAAACGGAGUCGGAACCGUGGUCCACCUCCAUCCUGGGGCAGACGUCCUCGAGAUGACUAUCGCAGAAGAAGUCCUCCUCCUCGUCGCAGAUCACCACGAAGGAGAAGCUUUUCUCGUAGCCGCAGCAGGUCCCUCUCCAGAGACAGAAGAAGAGAGAGGUCACUCUCACGGGAGAGGAAUCAUAAGCCUUCUCGUUCCUUUUCCAGGUCUCGCAGUCGCUCUAGGUCAAAUGAGAGGAAAUAGGACUUAAAGGAGGAGCUGUGUACAGGAAGUCAUUAGAUCUGAGGACAGGAGUAUGUACAGAACAUUGUUUUGAAACUUCAUAAAGCUUGGUGCAUUUUUAAAAUGUUUUAGCUGUUGAACUUACUUUGUUCAUUGUAUCUUGUAACAGGUGGCAAAUGUAAAGAUGUGAAUCUGUAUAUGGUUCUAAGCAGAUCAUAUGAUUUGUAUUAUUAAUCACUUUUUACAAUGUACCCUUAUACAUAAGUUUUUGUUUGUGUUGAAUGGUAAUCAGUCCUGCAUAGAUAGAAUGUUUCUGGUCUUGACAUUCUGCAGUGUAUUUUGCUGGGGUUCAGCUUGUGGAAGCAAGCAAUUAAGACGUUUGCAGAAUGAUGGCUGUGAUGGCUGUUUGUGUAGAACAAGGUGUAGAUGCUUCAUAGUACAGUACAGUUCUCAGAAGUAAUAACGUUGAGCCAGUGGCAUGUAAAGCUGCAGUUUUAUCCAGAGCUUUAGUUCCAACUUCCAUUAUCUGGAACUGAGCUACUUUAUAAUAUGAAAAACUUCUAGCUGUAAGGUCAGAUAAUUUUGUACUUCAUAUGACUAGAGUACUUCUAAAAUAGAUGAUAGCUUGACUGUCUGUUCCAGAAUCUCUGAAUAGACCAAAUGUACCACAGAACUGACACCUGGAGUGGAUGUGUUGAAUGUGUAAUGGUACAUUGUAAAAGUUAUGAAUUAAACAUUUCUUUUCUGUACAAGAAUUUUCAUGUCACUUGUAAAAUGUCUUUUUGUGAGAUCCUUGGGAUUAAAGUUUUGGUUACAACUCGUUGUUCAGUAUUUAACUCAAGUACCUGCUAUACCUUUGCACUACAGAACAUGCACUUGGCUCUUAAGAGUUGGAUCCCGGUUCCAGUUAAAAGCACUGCAGUAUGGAGAAACCCUUUAUUCACCACAUCUCCUUGUAACACACCUAUAACAGUAAGCUGUUAAAAAUGCUGUUCAGGUUGUAAGGUGCAGGUCACUGUCUCCAUUUAAUUUGAAACUGACUUUGUUCCAUACCAUCUCACGUUUUGGGUGGGCAGGGCCUAUUUUCCUAUCCCUGGCAUAUAAUUCCAGCCUAGGUGAGCUUAGAAAAUUGCAGCUUGACUUCUUGCCUAAUGGUGAGUUCUGUAAUGCUUACUCAGAAAACUAACUGGAGCUUGAAAAGUUCAUAAAGUUUUUUUCUUGCAUCCUAUAUAUGGAUUGGUACGAACUUGAGAUGCGAAUAUCAGUUUUGAAACUGUUGGUCUAUUAACAAGCUUUGCAUGAAGAGUCUACUCAGUGUAAAAACCAUAGCAUGGCUCAAAUGUAAUGAGAGCUCCCAAACUGCCUAAUGGCUCCUUUUUUUUCUGUAUCCAAGAGAUGAGCUACGUCAGUUCUGAUCAUGUGCAUUUAGAUUAAAUCCAUCCUACCCAA